AAACACCCGGUAUGACUGACGAAAUGUACCACAUUUUGUCAUCGAAGAUUGACUCCAUGAAUUUGGAAAUGGCUCUUAUAAGGAAAGAACAAUUGCAAACUAAACAAGAACUUCGUGAGGCGAAAGAUGAAAUUGCAAAACUACAAGGACUUCAGGGCUUGGACGAGCCAGACACCACAGCUGAUGAUCUGACUGACGCAAAGGGGAACGCAAGCACAAGUAGUGUCAUAAACUCCGCUCAGAAGGCAUUCCAGAACGAGAAAGCGCAAACCAAACAAGUCCUAGACCAAAUAAAAACUGAUAUAGCGAUAAUAAGAUCGGAUUUCAACACCCUGAUGGCAACAGUUGCAACACUUAAUGGUACACAAGUAAAUCUCACUCGUGAGAUAUUUGAAGUCGGGAGGGACGCUAAAAACGAUAUAAAGAAAGUAAAUGACACAUUGGCAAGGGCUGAAUCGAUUCAUACGAGCUGCACUUCUCUAAGUGACACCCAGCGACGGACAAACGAUACCAUGUCACUAUUAGAAAAGGACGUGCAAUCUCUGAAGCUUUCUGUCUCAGGAAUCAACACUUCACUUGAAGAAAAAUGUCAGUCUGGGGAGUUUGGACCACGAAUGUUUAACCCGCGUCCCUCUUACCCUUGGAUCAUGACCACCCACUUCCAGCCUGCCUUCAGCAAGACGCCAGCAAUCGUUUAUGGACUGGAGGUUUUGGACGUUUCCAACCAUGCAAAUGUGCGUGUUAAAGGGGAGAUAACGGAGUUGACCAACACAUAUUUCAAGUUUAAGAUCUCUGAAUGGGAAGAUACUUUUUUGUACGGCACCGUGUUUUCUUGGAUGGCAUGUCCGAAAUAA